AUGGGCAAUAAUCCUGUCUUUGCUGUGACAGUGUUCUUCAUCUGUUUCCGAGAAUGCUUAGAGACAACAGUGGUUGUGUCUGUCUUGCUUGCAUUUCUAAAGCAGUCGCUGGGAGCCGAGGAAGAUAAAGCUACCUACAAAAGGCUGGUGAAACAAGUCUGGCUAGGAUGUGGUUUAGGACUGUUAAUUUGUCUGGCAGUUGGUUGUGGCAUGAUCGGUGCGUUCUAUGGCCUCGGCACCGACACUUUCUCCAGCACGGAGGACAUCUGGGAAGGUGUGCUGGGCAUCAUUGCUUCUCUCAUCAUCACCAUCAUGGGCGCCGCUCUUCUGCGAGUCUCUAAGCUGCAGGAUAAGUGGCGUCUCAAGCUUGCCAAAGCUCUGGCGCAUGAACAUAACCCCAAUGAGACGCGCAAGGGCCGUGUUAAGAGAUGGCUUGAGAAAUAUGCCAUGUUCAUCUUGCCCUUCAUAACUGUGCUACGUGAGGGUCUAGAAGCUGUCGUCUAUGUUGGUGGUGUCGGAUUGGGGUUGCCUGCUAGUUCGUUCCCUUUGGCUGUGUUCUGCGGUCUUUUGGCAGGAUUUGCGGUUGGAUAUGUGAUCUACAAGGGUGGUCGUGAGACUUCGAUGCAGAUUUUCUUGAUCAUUUCUACCUGCUUCCUCUACCUUGUCGCUGGUGGUCUGUUCUCGCGUGGCGUUUGGUACUUCCAGAACAACACCUGGAACAAGAUCAUUGGAGGCGACGCUUCCGAAACUGGAUCUGGUGCAGGAUCAUAUGACAUCCGACAAAGCGUGUGGCACGUUAACUGCUGCAACCCCGAGCUGGGUGGCGGUGGAGGCUGGGGUAUUUUCAACGCCUUGCUUGGUUGGACUAACUCGGCGACCUAUGGCUCAGUAAUCUCGUACAACCUUUACUGGAUCUGUGUCAUGAUUGGCUACGGUUUGAUGUUCUAUCGUGAGCGUCGGGGUCCUAUUCCCGUUUUAGACCCAGCGAUGAGCAAGGUUGCAGGCUAUAAAGCGAGAACCAGGGCAUUCAUCCUUCGCCGACCUCUUGAGGAGCCAGCUCCUGUUGAGAUGAGCGGCGCUAUGGAGCACACUAUCACGGACAAGAAGGGCUCUGGGGCUGGGGUUUCUACUGUUGUCAAGCCUGCUGAUGCAUAA